AUGGCGGAUCGAAAUGCCGGCAUCAAGUUUGUCUGGUCUGAAGAACUGCCGUAUUGCGCGCUUCGGAGCCCGGCUUGCUUCUGGGCCAUGAUGUUGGGAGCCGACUCCCAGAUAAACAAUUCGCGAGGCGUUGAUGCGAACAAGGACACCCUGACGCUAACGCUGCGGCACAUGACGAUCAAUUCGAUGAACCUGCGACUGCCCCAGAUGGAUGGGUACUGCCCGGAUUGGGGUUUGAUGAGUUUGAUUGCUGUUCUUGGAUGCUGGGAGAAGUUCCAUGGGCACGAGAUGGCGUGGAAAGCUCAUCGUGAUGGCUUGAAAGUGUCCACGCAGCGACUUCGCAACGAACAGAUGAAGAACGAAGUGUUCGCGCAAGUUUUGACUCUCGUAGAUAACGAUGGCACGUUGAUGCCGGAUCUGCUAGGUUCAGACUUCUGGCAGGCGAGUGUUCCAAGUGGUGGCUUUGCACAGCUUGCGCAAUCGACCUGGAUCAACACAAAUCUGGUGAUCUCUCUGCGUGAUUGCCGAGCGGUUGAGCUUGCCCAGACUGAAGAGGUCCGGGAGCGAUUCCUGGCGGCUGCUACUGGACGUAUUCUGCAGUUCGUGGUCCGGCACUUCAUCGGAGAGGUCGCAUGCACGGAUCCUUUCAGAGAUCGUGAAGGAGAUCGCCAGGUCCUGACAGUGCAUGUGAUCAUGCAGAUGGCGGGCAUGGCCAUGGUGCACUUCCUGGCGGACGAGAAGAAAAAGCCCCUUGGCCUUGCGCUGACUGACAUUCAAACAAUGUGCCACGAUGCAGCCAGAUUGAUUAGCAGUGUGAUGCACGGGCAGAUCUUCGAGGACACACUUCUUUGGGCUGUCUUCACGGUCGGCGCACUGGCGGGCGAAGACGUCGAAGCCCUGGUCCAUAUUGCUGUGGAACUAUUCAGAAGAGCAAAGCUGGACAAGACUCGCGAGUGGCAGCCAUUACUCCGCGAAUUCGUGUUCCUCGAAUCUGCCAUGGAGCAAUACGAGCAUUUCCACAAUCGGGUCAGAAGACAGGCCAGCCAACUUGAGCAAGGUGCAAUGCAGAGCUUCGACAACUAG